CUCCACACCCGUGGUCUGGACAAGUUGGGCGAGAUGACAAGGACUGCUGCUGCUGCCCACUGGUUGGCGGCGUCUCUCUCGCAGCACAGCUCUACCUCUGCCACAUGUCCAUCCAUCUCACCGUCGCCAUCGCCAUCGCCAUCGCCAUCGCCAUCGCCAUCGCCAUCGCCGCACUCGCGCCCUCCUCCUCGCGCUUCCCGCUCUACAAAGGCUCACGCCUCGUCAUCAUCGCCUGCAUCGCCUGUGGCUUUCCUCGUGGUCUCUCCGAUGGCGAUCUGGUCUCCGCGCCCAUGAUGGGCACGCCGCCGCCCGCCUCCCCGUUGCCGGGCGCUCUGGGCGCGCUGGUGGCGUCGGUGACCAAUGGCCCAGCUGCGCCUGCGGCCGUGGCCCAUGCCACCGACAAUCAAGAGGCUUGUCCCGACUCGGGAACCGGCAUUGACGCGCUGAUGCGUCGUUGCCUGGUCCAGCUGGUCGAGGAUGCCGUGCCAGAAGGCGCAGACCCGGCCUCGGUCCUGCACGACGCCCGCCUCGCCACCACAACCUCGCUUGUCCUCGCCGUCUAUCCGCUGUGGAUGUCUGCCGCCUGGCUUGCCCGUCUCCUUGUCCGCCGCAUCGUCGCUCCGGCCACCCCGCCGUCGGUUGCGCAGGCGCUCCUCUACGUCCUCUCGGCGUGGUGGCGGCUCCUUUCGCGUCCGCGGCUCGGGCCGGGCGGAUUAGUCGAACCGUCGGUCUCGGCCCUCGACGUCGCCGCCUUCAUCACUGCCGGCCUCUCCUCGUGGGCGCCACGCCAUCCCGACGUUGCCGCCGCCUCGGCUACCCUCCUUGUCCGCGUCUCUGCACCGCUCGCCCUCCCGCCGACCGACCUUCCACCGCCGACUCCUGUCGUGCCUUCAGCUUCGCUCCUCCGCAAGGCUGGUCCGCUCGCGACCAUGCGCGCCGACGUCGCUGGGUUCAACGAGCGUCUUGCACUCGGGAGAGUCACCUCCUCCAAGUCGCUCCUCGCCAACGACGCGCUCCUCGUCGCCUCGCAGCUGACCCUCAUUGAGUCAGCCUCGUUUGCUCGCAUCGACCUUGUCGAGUGGCACGCCUACAUCCGGCUCUAUCCGCGCCUCGCCGCCGCCCGCCUCGCCCCGCACACCGCCUGGCCGCUCGUUGCUGCUGCACCCAACCUCACCACCCUCCUGCUCCGUCAGGAGGCCGUCUCCGCCUGGGCUCGCUCGCUCGUCCUGCAGCCGCAGUUUCUCAACGCCCAGCUGGUCCGUGUCGUGUGGCUUGUCCAGGUUGCGCGCUUUGCCUUUGACCUCCGCAACCACGCCACCGCCGCCGCCAUCGUCACCGGCCUCCUCUCGCUCCAGGUCCGCUCUGCCACCGCCCUCUGGCGCCACCUGCCAAAGGCCACUGGCAUGCUCCUCGCCGAGCUCCAUGCCGCCCUCCUCGCGCCGGCAGGCGACUCGCCGUUUGCCGCCACCUCGCGCUACCUCGACGAGACCAACGACUCAUGGCUCGCCCUCGACGAGCUUGCGCCGCAUCUCGCGUGUGUCGCGCCUCGCCUCGCCCAUGCCCGUCGCGGCUUCCGCCUCCUCUCGCGGCUGUGGUCCAAGCGCGGCGGUGGCUCGCCGCUCAUCCCGGUCGUCCCGCGCAUCCUGCACGCCAUGAUCACCUCGGUCCCCUGCGGCGCGUGCAUCGCCCACCUCCCGUCGCGCCCAGCCUUUAUGGUCGCCUCGCUGGUCGCCUCUCUCGAUGCCCUCGACCCGCUCGCCUCAGCCCUCUCCUCGCUCACCCGCCUCUCCGCCGCCCACGCCGGCUAUGCCCUCCUCACCACCGCCCUCUCUACACACCGCGUCUACGGCCAGUUCCCGAUCGCUUCGCCCACCCUUCUCGCCCUCGUCGACCGCACCAUCUGGCGCCCUCUGCUCGACGCCUACUCGCUCUCGCCGCACGACUCGACCGGCCCGCCCGAGGCCACCCUCCUCGCCGCCGCCCGCAUCUCGCCGCUCCUCGACCCCAUGCAGGGCCUGGUCCCGCACGCUUGCUCGCCGCUGCCGCUCUCGCUCGACGCAUUUGCCGCAGAGCCUGGCGCUGCCACCCCCCACGUCUGGGAGGCUGCGCUCGUCGAGGCUCACCCGGCCCGGCCCUCGGGCCCUUCGGGCCUCUUCUCGCUUGGCCGUAUGCUCCUUGGCGCCGUCUUUCCCGAGGCCGGCCUCCACUCGCCGUCGGCCUCGGUCGGCACCCGCCCACACACCCGUCUCUGGGGCUACCUCGCCAUCCACAACUCCAAGGGCCUCUACUUUGUCGCCACUCCGCGCCUCGGCCCGCGCACAGAGCGCAUGGUCACCUGGGACGCCGUCGCCACCAUGGCUCUCGGAUCCUCCGGCUCUGCCCUGCUCAUCCGCACCCGCCUCGGCGCUGUCUACACAUUUACCCACAUCACCCCGCUGUGGAGCCCGGACCCGUCGCCCCACCGCAACAUCUCCCGCCCGCCGCCCGCCGACGUCCUCCUCAACACCCUCCACACCCAGAUGGCCAAGUUCCGCGCAGACACCGACGCCUCGGCCCUCUCGCAGACCCUAGUCGCCCACAAUGUCAACUCGCCAGGCUCGACCCCGCGCGGCGCGUCUGCCGCACGCCGGGUUCCGCCCCGCAAGCCACCGCUCCCGCCGUCAAACUCGACCGAGGCCGAGCUGUACGACGACGAGUCGACCGAGCUCAACGCUUCCUUUGCCGCCCCGGCCACCACCACAGACUCGAUCCUCAUCUUUUCCGACGACUCGCUCACCACAGGCUGGGACGCUCUCUCGUUCUCCUCCUCCGGUCCUGACCCGUACUUCUCGUCGUCUUCCGGCGCUUCGGGCGGGCCCGGUACCCUCUCCGACUCGGCCUGCGCCGCCGACCGCUCGUCGCCCAACCCGCGCGCGCGUGCCCGUCGCUCGCCCAUCCCCUUUGCCGACGAUGCCGCCGCGCUCAAGCGCGCCCAGAAGAAGCGCGUGCCGCCGUGGAAGCGCGCUCGCCUCCGCCGCGCGCUCCCGGCCCCGCCGCGCGUCGCAAGACCGUCGCGUGUCUCUCAGGAGGCGCUCGCCAAAGAGUAUCUCGAGGCCUCCGAGGGUGCCCCGCUCGAGUCGGGUAUCGCGCUGCAGGAAGUCAACUCGAACCGCGGCAUCGUGCUGUUUUCAUUCGACACCCUCAAGCCCGGUCGCGCCUACACCUCGCUCACGUCGGGCCUCCGCAUCUCGCGCUCCGGUGAAGGCUCGAUCCGCAUCGGCAACAAGCUCUUCUCCAUCCCGGUCACCCAGUCGCUCUCACCAACUCUUGCUGUCUCGACUCCGUCGCUCCGCCAGAAGCGCUCGUCCGAGCUUGUCCGGCUCGCCCACAUCAACUCGGCCCUCGCCGCCCAGCACGACCGCGAAGCCGCCCGCGCCGCAAAGGCCGUCAUGCUUUACGAGCGCGCACAGGCUCACAUCCGCGCCAAAGAGGCCCGUGCAGAGGCCCGCGCCCGUGCAGACUUUGAGCGCGAGCGCCGUGCAGCAUUCAAGUCCCGCAGGGACGCCGUCGCUGCUCAGCGGCGCCGCGUUGCCGCACGCCGUGCCGCACGUCCGACCUCGCCAAACGCAUCGAACCCGACCUCGCCGACCUCGUCCUCGUCGGCUGCACGCAAAUCGCGCACCCGGACAAAGUCGUCCACUAAGCGCGCCCGCCCGCAACCGCCACUACCGGUCCCGGUCGAGGCCGCGCCAACCGCAGUGACACCGUAGCAGCUCACGCAGACCCAGCCGCCGCGCCCGAGCCCGAGCUCGAACUCGAGUAUGAGUAGCUCGAGCCCGAGCCCGAGCCCGAGCCCGAGCCCGAGCCCGAGCCCGAGCAGCUGGCGCUUGUCAGCGCCGUGCCUCCGUUUUUGCCGGUAGACUCGGUCGCCGGCACCGAGCCCGACGUGGGCGAGUAGUUGUCCGAGUCAGUGCCCGAGAGCGAGUCGAAGGCGCCCGACCGCGACCGCGACCUCGCGCGGAGCACCGGGUGCAGGGUCGGCGUCAGUCGCCGCCCUCGCGAACCCUCACGCAUAUGCUCUACCGCCGAGUCGUCGUCCUCGUUGUCCGAGUCAAUGGCCGAGUCGUCCGACGCCGAGCCGGCGUUCGACGAAAGCGACGACUCGCGCGACUGGAUGCUCGCUCGGGUAGUCGCCAGCCACCGCCGUCCGAGCAUGACCGAGAGCGAGAUAGCGGCCAUUGACUUGACCUUGACCGCCGCCGCCAUCACCUCCUGGGCCGGAAUGACAAUGUCUGGCUCCUCGACCGGCGACAGCGGCGCGGCGCCUCCGCAGGUCACCCACUCGUUGGCCAUGAUGUCAGCCAUAGUGUACCGCGCGUCCGGAUCCUUGGUCAGCAGGCCGUCGAGGAGCUCCCGGAGCGCCGGCGGCGUCGCCGGCGACGCCGGAUACUCGACCGAGUUGUGGAGGAUGGCGUCAAAAAGCUUCUUCUGCGUUGCAAACGGAUUGCCUCCCGGCGGAGGCUCGAAAGGUAGCGCGCCAAAGACAAAUGAGUAGAGCGUGACGCCGAGCGCCCAGAGGUCGACCGGCUUGCCCUUGACGUCGGACGACGCACAGAGCUCAGGCGCCAUAAACGCGGGUGUGCCC